AUCAAACAUCAAGCAACAAUGGCUGUCGCUAGUACCCCCAGGAACGAUGGACUGAGCACAUCUUUUGUGCAGUUCUUCGUGUACGGUCUCCUCUUCCUUCAGCUUGCCCCAGCUGUCGAGGCUGGCAAGUUCAGGAACGUCUGCAACUCGCUCAAGUGCUGGGCCAAGGACGAUACGACCGGCCCACCACCAGCCAUCAAGCCCUACAAGUUUGCCGAUCUUGAAUGCCCCAACCCUGAUGCUCCCAAGGAUAAAACUGGAUGGAACAUCUACAAGAACGCUAAGCCUAUGCCCAAGGUGCAGGACAUUGUCGACGACAUUCAGCUCUGCGGUCUCCUCAACGAAAACACCGCUACCAUCUUCUACAGUUUCGGUGGAGGCAAGACCAACGCCGAGCGAUUCAUCAAGGAGAACCCAGAUCUCAAUGGCAAGACCAUCAACGACCUCCUGCCCGUCAGCUGGUACCAAGCCCUCGAAUCCGUCGAAGGUGUUGGUGUCGCUGGAUCCAUGGCUCAGAUGGCAUGGAUCGCUCGUACCUCGCAAGCUUUGGCUAAGGCCUCCCAGGGCGAUGCCUACAUGGUUGCUAAAAACGCAAACAUCUACACUGUUCCCUACAAAGACAAGAAGGAGCUUGCAUGGAGGGGCAAGCACAACGUGUGGUUCGACUACGAGUUCGCCACACUCCAGAACAACAAGAACGUGAAGAGCAUCAAGACUGUUGACUCGGAAACUCUCAAGAUCGAUAGCUCCGAGAAGGGCUCGUGGACCCCAGGCAAGGGCGACAAGGCCGAGGAGAACAUCAACGCCGACACCGUCACUGCGGCUAGUCUCCAAGCCCAAAAGGAUGCAUACAACCCUGACUGCGACCAAGAUGAGGAUGAAAUCACACCCGCCAACGCCAAACGCGCUACAUCCAGCAAGUCUGGUGCUGCCUCUGCCACCAAGUCUGGAGCUUCGUCCUCCGGUGCUGCUGCCUGCACCCUGAAGCCCAAGUCAUCCUCCUCUCGCGCAAACAACGGAACUACCUCAGCCACUUCCUCCGGUCUAUCAAGCUCCGGCUCUGUCACCCUCACUUCCUCUUCUGGAUCUGCCUCUGGAUCUGCCUCCAGCUCUAUCUCCGGUUCUGCCACCAAGAGCGGCAACUCAGUCUCUGCUUCUGUGACUGGCUCCGCCUCCGGCUCUGCUUCCGGCUCUGCUUCCGGCUCUGGCUCUGCAUCUGCUACUAAGAGUGGAUCAAGCUCCGGCAGCUCCGCCUCUUCCACAAAGGUCGUCAGCAGCACCGACAAGCCAAGCGCUACUUCCUCCGCGCCCACCACUCUCAUCACAAAGACUAGCUCGUCUUCAUCUAGCUCCAAGGUCUCCAGCAGCAGCGAGAAGUCCUCUAGCAGCAGCUCCAGCAGCAGCUCCAAGUCAUCUUCGACCAAGACUACCUCCAAGGCUACCACCAAGACCACUUCUUCCAAGAAGUCCACCAAGACCAAGAACAAAUAG